UUAGCUUCUUCUCUUUCCCUCCAGACGCCACCGAGCGGCUCGUCGUCGCCCGUUUUCGGACUUCAUCUCGUAGCGUCAACAACGCCGCCUCCCGCUGAACGACCGCCGCCGCCGCUGUCGCGCCGCCGCGCCGCCGCUCUCAACGCGCAAGCGUGAAAAGUGACGCGGUGGCUCUCGCAGCCGCCCCAUUCAACCGCGUUGGCUCGGGAUCCUCCCUUCAGCCAGUGCGCGUGCGAGCUGUAACCACACAGCGGCUGCGUUUUUAAAAGACACCGCGAGGACGAGCGAUUAACAAGCCAAUCAAUAGGUAACUUGAUCCGGGUUGAUUUUGUUGUGCCCUUCUUUUUCUUUCUUUCUUGUUUUUACUCUGCGGCAAUGUAAAGAUGGCGAGAGUGCUACACAACUUGCUGUUAUUUCUGAUCCGACUUGCGCUGAAGAUCCGAGUGUUGGGCUACUGGUCCCUGAUCUACGGCUACUGUGCUCUCUGCACCACCGCGGCCCUGCUGAAACUUUGCUGGAACAUCGUCUUGAGGCCGACGGCCACCUUCCACUGGGCGAUCCGUGAAACUCCCCCGGCGUGUCUCAGUGACACGUCCUUGGGAACACACUGUUAUGUUCGGAUCAAGGAGUCUGGCCUCAGGUUCCACUAUGUUGCUGCUGGAGAGAGAGGAAAGCCACUCAUGCUGUUCUUGCACGGCUUCCCGGAGUUCUGGUUCUCCUGGCGCUACCAGCUGCGCGAGUUCAAGAGUGAGUUCCGCGUGGUGGCCGUCGACAUGCGCGGCUACGGGGAGUCCGACCUGCCGCUCUCCACCGAAAGUUACCGCUUCGACAACCUGGUCACCGACGUUAAGGACAUCGUGGAAUACUUAGGGUACAACAGAUGUUGCCUGGUUGGCCACGACUGGGGUGGCACCAUAGCGUGGCUGUUCGCCAUUCACUACCCAGAGAUGGUGACCAAACUCAUCGUCCUGAACAGCCCCCAUCCGUCCGUGUUCACAGAUUACGCUCUGCGUCACCCGAGUCAGCUGCUGAAAUCCAGCCACUUCUUCUUCUUCCAGCUUCCCCGCUUCCCGGAGCUCAUGCUCUCCAUCAAUGAUUUCAAGGCUCUGAAGGCCCUGUUCACCAGCCGCAACACCGGCAUCGGAAGGAAAGGCCGGUGGCUCACGUCGGAGGACAUGGAGGCCUACCUGUAUGCACUGUCCCAGCCGGGAGCUCUGACCGGAGCCCUCAACUACUACAGGAACGUCUUCAGCUCCCUCCCCCUGAGCCAGAAUCAUGUCCGGUCUCCCGUGCUGCUGCUGUGGGGCGAGGAGGAUGCCUUCUUGGAGCAGGAAAUGGCCGAGGCAUGCCGCCUGUACAUCCGGAAUCAUUUCCGUCUCAACAUCAUUUCCGGGGCGAGCCACUGGCUGCAGCAGGACCAGCCCGACAUUGUGAACACCCUCAUAUGGACCUUCCUCAAGGAGGGAGAGGGACGCAAAAGCCACAGGAACUAAAUCCACAGCGAGGCCUCCUCCAGCCCACCCCCCCCUCCCCCCACCACCACCACCACUCACCACGCUUGCCACACCCGGAAAGCCUGGAAUAUGCCGGCGACGUAGUGAAAAUGCAAUCCUACUUAAAAUCGUUCACAAUUCAAAUAUCCCUUUGGUCAAUAAAGGAAAAGAAUCAAAGCACACGUCACUGGAGAUGACACAUGAGCAGCAUAUGGGUGACACAUUUAGUCCAGAUGUUUCUUUUGCACAUGACGCCCGCCUUAAAGUUCGUCAGUUACAGCAUCUCAAAAUGUGUGGCAAACAAAUCUCCUUGUGUCUUGUAUUGUAUGGUGCCUUUUUUUAACUUUAACUUUUUGUGUUGUAAAGAUGUCCUGAGAGAUUGUUGUACUUGUGCGUUUCACCGGGUCGCUCCACUCUCCUUAGGGCCCGCAGUCCGUUGGGUAGCUGUGACUCUCCGUGUCCCUUUGAUCAGGUUGUGUUGUCUGAGGAAGUUCUUUUAUUUUGGAUACUUUUUUGUUGUUGUUGCUCAGAUACUCAAAUGUAGAGAAUGUCGUUAUCUGGAUCUUCCGGUAUAGAAAUGUGGCUGUCUAUUGUACUCUUUUUGUAUCUAUUCCUGCACACACUGCAUUUUGAAAAUUCACUGAGCCAAGUCUACACUAUUUGAUUUUUUAAUGAAUAAACUAAGUGUCUAUCUGUUGGGA